AUGCAUAAAAUGAAGGCUCAAUUAGAUCAGCUUCACGGAGCUAAGCCCAAAUUCUUAAGGAAUGGAGAUGCUGUCUGGUCAAGAGCUAUCGCUCAAAGCAGAUCGAAUGGCAAGGAAACGAAUGGAAACGCCAUGCAAAUCAACUACGCGAAAGAAAUCAAAUCCCUGACCCAACAUUCGCCUUUAUUCGAGGAUUUCGAACUGGAUGUGCCGACAACACGGACAUCGCCGGUAACUGAGAUGGCAACACCAAAGCCGUGCCGGGGAUCCUCGACUACAGCAACCACAACACCGUGGCAAGAAUCACCACGUCGCUCUACGCGAAUCGCCUCAUUUAACCGCGAUUGA